GAACAACAGGUUCUUGCAAAAAACUCAAAGGACGAGCCUCCUCAGACACACCCUCCUCCUCCUCCUCCUCUUUUGGGACAUCCCAGGGUAUAAAAGGAAGCAACCCUCUUCCCAGCAGACACAACUGACCCAGAAGGAGAAACAGUUUGGAACUCUUCUGACAAACAGGCAACAGAGACACCUCAACUGAUGAGGCCAGCUAAAGGCUCUCCGCUGCAAACACACUACUGAAGGCCAGGUCCACUCCUAGACUUCCUCUUGUCUUUCCAUCGGCUCGCUCUCCGGACUCCUCUGCCAUGCCUCCUCAGCUUCAGUCCCAGAAACAGACCGGUCCCAGGAUCCUGCAGGGCGAUGUGAGUGCCCUCAGCCCGGCCAUCAAGGAGUUUGUGGAUGCCAACGUGAGUCUGUGCCAGCCCGACUCCCUCCACAUCUGCGACGGCUCUGAUGAGGAGAACCGCGCCAUCCUGACUCAGCUGGAGGAGCAGGGGAUGAUCAAGAAGCUUACCAAAUAUGAGAACUGCUGGUUGGCCAGGACCGACCCGAGGGACGUGGCUCGUGUGGAGAGUAAGACUGUGAUUGUUACCCGGGACCAGAGGGACACGGUGCCCACACCGCUGGGUGGCGGGGUCAGCCAGCUGGGCCGCUGGAUGUCCCCGGAAGAAUUCGACAAGGCGAUGGAUCAGUGCUUCCCCGGCUGCAUGAAAGGCCGUACCAUGUAUGUGAUUCCCUUCAGCAUGGGUCCGGUGGGUUCCCCCCUGUCUAAGAUCGGAGUGGAGCUGACGGACUCUCCCUACGUGGUGGCCAGUAUGAGGGUGAUGACCCGUAUGGGGACGGCUGUGCUGUCCGCUCUGGGGACAGGCGAGUUUGUCCGCUGUCUGCACUCUGUCGGCUGUCCUCUGCCGCUCAAAAAGCCCUUGGUGAACAACUGGCCCUGUAACCCCGAGCAGACGUUAGUCGCCCACAUCCCGGACCGCCGGCAGAUCGUCUCGUUCGGUAGCGGUUACGGAGGAAACUCCCUGCUGGGGAAGAAGUGCUUUGCUUUGCGCAUUGCCUCGCGUAUCGCCAAAGAGGAGGGUUGGCUGGCAGAGCACAUGCUGAUCCUCGGCGUCACCAACCCCGCCGGGGAGAAGAAGUACAUGGCAGCAGCCUUCCCCAGUGCCUGCGGGAAGACAAACCUGGCCAUGCUCUGUCCCACGCUGCCCGGCUGGAAGGUCGAGUGUGUGGGAGACGACAUCGCCUGGAUGAAGUUUGACAACCAAGGCAACCUGCGCGCAAUCAACCCUGAGAAUGGCUUUUUUGGAGUUGCGCCCGGCACCUCAGUCAACACCAACCCUAACGCCAUGGAGACAAUCACCAAGAACACCGUUUUCACCAACGUUGCAGAGACCAGCGACGGCGGUGUGUACUGGGAGGGAAUGGACCAGUCGCUGGCCGACGGCGUCACCAUCACCUCCUGGAAGAACAAACCCUGGAGCUCGCAGGAUGGCGAACCCUGUGCUCACCCCAACUCUCGUUUCUGCACUCCGGCCGGGCAGUGUCCCAUCAUCGAUCCACUGUGGGAAUCCCCAGAGGGAGUCCCCAUCGAGGCCAUCAUCUUCGGAGGCCGCAGGCCAGAAGGUGUCCCUCUGGUAUACGAGGCUUUCAGCUGGCAACACGGAGUGUUUGUUGGAGCAGCCAUGAGGUCGGAGGCCACGGCUGCAGCUGAACACAAAGGCAAGAUGAUCAUGCACGACCCCUUCGCCAUGCGCCCCUUCUUCGGCUACAACUUCGGCCAGUACCUCUCUCACUGGCUGAGUAUGGCCGACCGCCCCGGCGCCAAGCUCCCCAAGAUCUUCCACGUCAACUGGUUCCGCAAGAGCCCCACCGCCGGAUUCCUGUGGCCCGGUUUCGGCGACAACAUCCGCGUGCUGGACUGGAUGUUCAGGCGGGUGAAUGGCGAGGCCGGCGCCAUGCCCUCUGCCGUGGGCUACCUGCCAUGCGCCGAUUCCCUGAACCUGCAGGGUCUGCAGGGGGACGUGAACCUCACUGAGCUGUUCUCCCUGGAUCAGGAGUUCUGGCAGAGGGAGGUGGAGGAGGUGAGGAAGUACCUUGCCAUGCAGGUGAACGACGACCUGCCCAACGAGGUGGCCCGGCAGCUGGAGCUCCUGCAGCAGAGAGUGAAUCAGAUGUGAAGAGGGGUU